UCUCCAGUCUCCAAUCUCCAAUCUCAGGGCUGGGUUGGUUGUGACAGCUUCAUUUGUCAACAUCACAGAUUACUGCACAGUCUCUACAGCACUGUAAUCGACAUCUCUUCAAAACCGCCGUCCAUCAUCCGCAACGCGUCUCAUCAUUCUACAUCGGCGCUUUUCCCCUGUCCAGCCAUUUCCACACUGCUGCUGUCAUUCGAAGCUCAGCUCAAGAUGCCUGGCUUGGUCACUGCCGGUGGCGUUCUCGGCUUCCUCGCUGACGAGGAGCCCGAACUCAAGGUCUUCGCCCUGCAAACCCUCAACGAUGACAUCGAUACAGUUUGGAUCGAAGUCGCCGGCGCCCUUGGCCAGAUCGAAGCUCUCUACGAGGAUGAAUCCUUCCCCGAGCGCAAGCUAGCCGCCCUGGUCCUCUCCAAGGUCUACUAUCACCUACAAGCCUACGACGAGAGCAUGUUCUUUGCCCUGGCUGCUGGCAACCUGUUCAAGCUCAACAACCCCGGCGAAUUCGAGGAGACCAUCAUCUCCAAGUGCGUCGACCACUACAUUGCCGCCAAGAACGAGAACCACACCGUCCUGUCUCAGAAGGAUAAGGAGGACAAGUCCCUGCCCGCUCUGGCCACUGCUUUUGGCAACGACACCAACGCCGCCGCGCUCGUUUCCCCCACCACGCCCUUCUCCCAGUCCACGCUGCCCUCCAAGUCGCUUCUUUCGAGAGCAUCCACCGACAACACCAUCAUCGAGCCCUCUUUCGAGGCUCCCAGGAAGCAGCACCGAUCAUCCUCCAUUGCUCUCACCCACAGUGAGCUUGACACCCGCCGUGCCAUCGACAAUGUCAUCGAGCGACUAUAUGCCAACUGUCUGAGGGACGGCCGUUACAAGCAGGUGGUGGGCAUUGCCGUCGAGGCCAAGAGAUUGGAUGUUGUCGCCAGGGUCAUCAAGGAAGCCGGCGCCGACAAGAACAAGUCCACCGAGGACGGCCCAGGUGUUGCCGAGGAGCUCAUGGAGUACUGCCUCAGCAUCUGCCUCGAUGUCGUCCAGGAGCGCGCCUUCCGCGACGAGAUUCUUCAACUCGUCCUCGACAUCCUUUCCAACGUCACGGAGCCAGAUUACUUUUCCAUUGCCAAGUGUAUCGUAUACCUCAACAAGGACGAGCACGCCAAGGACGUCAUCCAGACGCUGGUCAAGUCUGGCGAGAACCACGAUAUCGCCAUCGCCUACCAGUUCGCCUUUGACUUGUACGACAACGGAACCCAAGAGUUCCUUGGCAAGGUCAAGGAGCAACUGCCCUCUGGCGAACCCAAGGCCGACAGGGCUGGUGAGGGAAGCUCGGAUGAGGAGGCCACCGAGAGCACCUCUCUUCUCGACAACAAGGACGAGAGCAACGCCGAAGACUCGGAUGAUAAGGACAGCAAGGCCUGGAAGAACAUCCGCGCCAUCCUCAACGGCACCAAGACCAUCAAGCUCAACCUCGAGUUUCUCUACCGCAACAACCGGACAGACCUCAGCGUCCUCAACAAGGUCCGCGACAGCCUCGAGGGUCGGAACUCUAUUUUCCACACGGCUGUCACCUUCUGCAAUGCUUUCAUGAAUCAGGGCACGACAAAUGACAAGUUCUUCCGCGACAACCUGGAGUGGCUCGGCAAGGCCGUCAACUGGUCCAAGUUUACUGCCACCGCUGCUCUUGGCGUCAUUCACCGCGGAAACCUUUCGCAAUCCAGGAAGCUCUUGGAGCCAUACCUCCCCAGAGGCUCAGGUGGUAUCAGUGGUGGCUCCGUCUAUUCUCAAGGUGGUGCUCUCUAUGCCUACGGUCUCAUCCAUGCCAACCACGGCGCCGACGCGCUCGACUAUCUGAAGACGCAAUUUGCGGCUGCCGAAGAGGAAGUUAUCCAGCACGGUGGCGCUCUCGGUCUUGGUAUCGCUGGUAUGGCGACUGGCAACGAAGAGAUCUUUGACAGCCUCAAGAAUGUCCUGUUUGCCGACUCCGCGCUCAAUGGUGAGGCUGUCGGCCUGGCCAUGGGUCUUAUCAUGCUCGGUACUGGUAACGUUAGGGCUUUGGAGGACAUGGUCACAUAUGCCCAUGAGACUACUCACGAGAAGAGUGUUCGCGGUUUGGCUCUUGGCAUGUCACUGAUCAUGUACGGCCGCCAAGAGGGUGCAGAUGUGAUGAUCGAGGGUCUUCUCAACGAUCCUGACCCUACUCUGCGUUACGGAGGUAUCAUGACUGUCGCCAUGGCCUACUGUGGUACCGGCAGCAACAAGGCCAUCCGCAAGCUGUUGCACACCGCCGUGAGUGAUGUCAAUGACGAUGUCCGCCGAAUCGCUGUCAUGAGUUUAGGUUUCAUCCUCUUCCGCAAGCCUGGCAGCGUCCCUCGCAUGGUCGAGCUGCUCUCUGAAUCUUACAACCCUCACGUCCGUUAUGGUUCCGCCAUGGCUCUUGGUAUCUCCUGCGCUGGCACUGGUCUGGAUGAGGCCAUUGAUCUCCUGGAGCCCAUGAUGAAGGACCCUACCGAUUUCGUUCGUCAAGGUGCCUUGAUCUCCCUUGCCAUGAUCAUGAUCCAGCAAAAUGAGGUCAUGAACCCCAAGGUUGCCUCAAUCCGCAAGACCCUGAAGAAGGUGGUUGGUGAUCGCCACGAGGACGCCAUGACCAAGUUUGGUGCUGCUCUCGCCUUGGGAAUCAUCGACGCCGGUGGCCGCAACUGCACCAUCGGUCUGCAAACCCAGACCGGGAACCUCAACAUGGCUGGUAUUGUUGGUAUGGCCGUCUUCACUCAAUACUGGUACUGGUUCCCCUUCACCCACUUCCUGUCGCUUGCCUUCAGCCCAACCUCCAUCAUUGCACUUGAUCACGACCUGGACCUCGUCGAUGCCAAGUUCCACUGCUCCACCAAGCCCAGCUUGUUCGACUACCCACCUGAGCAAGAGGCUAAGGUUGAGGAAGGCCCUGCUGUUAUCGCCACUGCUGUUCUCUCCACCACCGCACAAGCCAAGCGUCGCGCACAAAAGAAGGAGCGUGCUCAACGCCGCGAGAGUAUGGACAUUGAGUCUACGCCCACUAUCUCUAAGCCAAGUGCUGGUGGUGACAAGAUGGAUAUCGAUGAAUCUAAGAAGCCCGAAGACGCCAAGAAGGAUGGAGAGGCCGUGACGGACAAAGAGUCUUCACCUACUACCGAAACUAAGAAAAAGGAGCAGAGAGAGAAACCCGGAUACGAUAUUGACAACAUGUCUCGUGUUCUCCCUGGCCAGCUCAAGUACAUCAGUCCUAUCAAAGGCAGAUACUGGCCCGUCAAGCUUGACCGACCUGGUCCCUUGCCAACCGGGGGUCCUAUUCUGGUACACGAUAAGGAACCUAAUGAGAAGAAGGAGUUGAUUGAGGAGAAGCUGAAGAAGGUUUCUACUGACAAGGCACCCGUACCCAACGCUGGCGGUGCCUCUGGAGCUGGUGCCGGUCGUGGUGGCAGACGCGAAGUUGGAGGAAUCGAGGAGUCUCUUCUCCGACAGCUUGGCGUGAACAUUCCGUUAUCAGGUGGUGCUGCCGCCGCCGCAGGUGUCUUGACGGCUGUCGACGAAGAUGGCGAGGAUGAUGAGGAGGCAGAAGCUCCUCAGGACUUUGAGUAUGACACGGAGAACGAAAUGGGCGAAGACUAGACGUGGAUUCGGGAUAUUCAUUCUUGUUACGGUCAGCCCGACUGGCCCCGACUGGUAACACCCUGCCUGAUACUUGGAUCGAUAAUUGGGUCGAACAAUGCAUGUAAAUUAUUGCAUCGCUCGUCGUUAUACUCCUGUACUAUAGAGAAUAGACUUAAGAUGAAACGAGCGAGAUAGCUUACUUCAUGCUACUGCAACAAUUGACUAUGCGUAUCUCGUG